UGUGUGUGUGUGUGUGUGUGUGGAGAGCUUUUUUCUGUUGCAAUGUUGGUGAAAAAAGCUAGAAACAUUUUCGACGAAUAAGUGCUUUUGGAGUAAUGGAAUGCUUAGUAAUAACAUUUCAUCUGUGUGUGAAACCUUCAUGCAUCCAGUGUAGGUUUUACGAUUCACGAUGCCUAACAUGUUUUGUCCUCUUCUGCCCUCAGGUGGCAAAAAACUGCUGUGACAGCCGAUCAACAUUUGUCCUUAUAAUAUUCCAACUGAAGAUUAGGUAGAAUGACGCAAGAUACAUCAUAAAGGAAUUGUAUAUUAAAUAGACAUAUUUUGAGAUAUGAAGAAAGCCUAUCAAGUAAAAUGAGUAUUGUGUGACAUAUGACAUUGAAAUAUCGGGAUUCAUUUAUAGAGAGGCACGCUGCGCUAUGGACGGAGUUUGGAAGACGCUAAAUUGCUCUUCAACACAAAUUGUGACGCCGGUUUUCUGGUGACGCCCGCAUGAGUUCUUGUCUGGUUGCCUAAACGAGUCUUUAGUUAACCCAUGACGAUGUCAAGCAGCCUUUAAUUCACAGAACGGCCCUGUGGCCACACGAGGUCUUCUGAUAAAAUCGUAUGACACCACCACCGUCUGUGCAGCUACCGCAUGAAAUGUUUACUUUCAACCAUCUUGAAAUUGGUCAAGUCUUCAAGCACAGGUGCUUGGGACUUGAAAAGACAGUACACGGGAGGAGAUUCCCAAAGCGACAAUGUAUUUACAGAGCAAUGUUACAACCCAACAAGAUCUCCCCAGCUUCAAGAAACAUCAAGGACCACCGGAAGUCAAUAAAAUGUGCUGACAAAAAACAGAUAUCACCACCAUCGAAUCCUCCUCAGAUGACUGAAUUCGGUUUAAUAUGUCAAAAGAUCAGCUACCCACAAAACCAGAUGCACCAAGAAUGCAUUUCCAAACCUAUUCAGGCAUACAAAACAACCAUCAAGAACAAAAUCUUCACUUUCAAUUUACCAAGUAUGACAUAUGAAAGUAUACUUAGAGAUAACAGACGAUAUUUGACACCGUAUGAGCAAAUUGAAAUUAAAGAAUACAGAAAAGUCUGGUACGUAGGAAAAAAGGACAGUAAAAUUCGGGCGCAAACCACUUCUGAGGAGGCCAAGUCAUUUGAUGAUGACCAAGGAUUCUACAAAUCAAGGAUUGGCGAUCACCUGGCUUACCGCUUUGAAAUAUUGAGGGUGAUAGGAUCAGGAUUUGCUGGAAAAGUCCUAAAGUGCAAGGACCACAAGACAACAAUGCUGGUGGCAGUCAAGGUCUUUCGAAACACAACCGAGGGUCAUGGGUUCGCAGAGGCAGAAUUAAAAGUCUUGAAAACCCUGCAAAAGUUAGACAAGAGCAACAAAGCCAAUAUAGUUCACAUGAAGGAAUACUUUUACUUCCGCAGCCAUUUGUGCAUCACGUUUGACCUUUUUGAAAAGGACCUCUUUAAAGCCUUAAUGCAGAGCAAGAUGCGACGACUCCAUGAUGGGGACAUUAGAAAAUAUGCCACAGAUGUGCUUAAGUGUCUUCAAAUACUCAAAGGCAUGAAGAUUGUUCAUGGUGACCUGAAACCGGAAAACAUUCUAUUAGACAAGGAAAACAAUGCUGCAGUGAGCGAUUUUGGAGGCUGCAUAUUUUUGAAAGACAAUGAUAGACCAACGAUUUACACUCUACCGUACAUGUCUCCAGAGCUGCUCCUCGGCAAAAUUUCGACGCCAGCAACUGAUAUGUGGAGCCUGGGCUGUAUGUUGGCCGAACUCGACAGAGGCUAUGCUCUCUUUGGUGGCCAUACCAAAGCGGACAUGUUCUACUCGAUCACAAGAGUGCUUGGCCUCCCACCAAUGGAAAUGCAGGUUGAAGCGAAUGGAAAAAAGUUCCGCAUUAGUAGCCCAGACAUUGAAUCGACAAAACAGCAAAAAAAUACACUGGCCGUGAGGAUAAGAUCAAGCAAUCCAAAGUUUCUGGAUUUCAUUUCAUACUGUUUAGAAUAUGAUACAAAGAAACGCCUAACACCAGAACAGGCUUUGCGUCAUCCAUGGAUCCUAAACACAGAUGCACCCAAACCAAUGAAGACAACGAUUAAAAUGAGUGUGAAAGCAGCCAAAACCAGUUUGCUAAAGAGAGAUAAAAUUGCACCACCACUGUUGCAGCCAUUGGUACCACAGAAAUAGUGACAUUUGAACCCUUGGACACUGGCAUUGUACAUGUAUAUAUGAAAACACAUGCAUAUAUGCAAACGUUUAGUGAAUCACAACAGCAAAGUUCUCUGAGUCACUUGUAGAGUUUAGAGAGAGAGCAAUGGCAAGAGGCCGAAGCCCGCCACUACCAGUUUGAAAGCCAUAACUCCCAAGACUCUUAAGGCUCUGCACACCUGCAUAAAGAAUCCCCGAACUGACUAAGAGAAUGCCUACAUCUCAGUGCCCCACAAAUGGAUACUAGAGAACAUGGCAUCAUACGGGAAAACAGCCUACUGAUGGCUGUCAACAGCUCAAUGCUGAAACAACAGGAAGCCGGCUCAAAGACCCAUUGCACCUGUCACUUUCAAGUGCAACAUAUAUUCCGAGAGUGCACACUCCAUUUACAGUAUUCUAUAGUGCCUUUCUACCUCCAAGGUACUCACCAAAUAAUGGUGAGUACUGACAUAGCAUCGAGAGAGAUAAAAAAACAAACUAACCUGGUUCUGAGUCAUGCCACUCCGUGCACCCUCAAGUCCCCCAACAGAUGAUUGCAAAGAGGAUACGGAUGCAGAUAUAAUGUGAUGCUUAGGCAGGUAUUGACAAACCACCUCAGUGACAAGGAGUAGUUAAGCAUUGACAUCUACGGGCAUCAUUAAAUAACCAGCUGAUAUUGUCACUUGAAAUGUUGCAACCUAAUGGUGUUCCGACAAGAAAUUUGAUGAUCCACUCAAGGUUCCUCCAAGAGUUGAGCAUCAUAAAGACUGUUAGAGUCACAAAACCAGACAAAAUGAAGAGCCUCCUUGAAUAAUUGGGGAAGCGUCCACAGGAUAAACUGCAUUGGUAGUUUUCCUGUUGGAAUAUUGUUUGUAUAGAAUUUUGCUUGUAGGUGAUUAGGAAUCCCCAUUUUUAAUGUUUUGCUUUUUGUUAUUUUUGGGAGAAACAAUUAGGUUCCCUGCAAAAGGGCAGGUCUUUUAUAUUUGUGAAGAUUCAUGUAAAUUUAAAAAUCAAAUGGACAAAUUAAACUUUGCUUAUUUUUUCAA